AUGACUGAAUAUAAAAAGUUAGUAACGCUUGUAGAGAAGCUUAAAGGUGAUAUCGACACACUCAUGCAGGGGUUGAUGAGGUAUUCACCUCAAAAUGAAGAUUCCACGAUGUCCAGCAGACCGACGAUCGAGAAGCUUCACGCCAUCGCAGUGGAAAUUAAGCACGCCACCCUUCAGGCUAUUCCACGCCUGCAGAAGAUCCUCUUGAAAGCACGAGAAACUGAUACGAAUCGCCAAAUCUACAACGAGAUGAUGUGCGAAAAGAUCGAGCGGCUAGUGAAAACCUUUGUCAGCGAUGUGGUAGGCCAUUUAAUUCAAGAAAACGACACUGCGAGCGAAAGGGAAGGUGAAAAAAAAGAAGAGACGCCUAUCCCGCCGUUGACCGAUAUCGUACUUGAGGAGGAUUCCCCCGUUUUGGUUAAAAUUGAGAUGUUGUAUGGCGAGCACCUCCUCCGUCGUGCGGCCGCCGAGGCCUGGACGCAGCGUAUCGCCACCGACCUCUCCGAGCUCGUCAAGUUCGAGGAGGAAAAACGCGUCGUGCUGGGCGUUUGCGAAAAACACGCUCGUUUGGGCUUUUUCGAAGAAAAAGCCCAUCAAAAGGAAAGUAUUUUAGAAAUAUUAAGGCAGAAAGAGGCGGCGAAGUGGGAGGCCGAGGAAGGAAGGAGAUGUUUGGAGCAUGCCCAUCUACAGAGCUUGACGAAAGACUUUAACAAACAUUCCAUUACCACCGCGCUGGACGAACAGAUUUCGGAUCCGGCGCUGAGGAAGUUGUUUGCCGCUCGCAUGGUUCGCCUAACCAACAACCUUCUGGUCACCCCCGAAGAGGAAGGAAUUCGCUACUUACGCAAUAAUAAUCAACGCCUGAUGGAGGACUUUGCCCAUCCUUGCCUUUCCCACGGCCCACACGGCUGCAGCUGUCGAGGAUUCCACACAAUGGCAGAGAUGAUAUGGUACGCCCUGGGGUAUGAGGUACGGUACUCAAAAAAUAAAACCCUCACACCGUCUGUGUGGUUCUUACUUAAUGGACUUCAGGAUAUCCCGCUGCCCUGCGGCCGCACACUCCACGAACAUCAGUACCUCACAAUGGGAUUUGAGGACUACUCGGAGCGCUUUUGGGAGUUAAAAGAGCCCGACGCGGCAAAGAAUCCCGAUGCGUGGAUGUUAUGGUAUGACCAGGUGCGCGAAUUUGAAGAAACGUUUCGUUUACUCAUGUGA